CGUCCAGCGCCGUCCCUGAUCGCCAGCCACAGACAUGAGCUCAUCCGAAAGACCGUCCGACAAGGACAUCAUCAGCCAGUUCAACGCCUUGAAGCAGGAGCUCCAGGCGAUCGCCCAAAAGAUCGGCGAGCUCGAGAUGGAGAAGGAUGAGCACCAGCUCGUGGUUGACACCAUCUCCCCUCUGCAAGGCGAUCGCAAGUGCUUCCGGCUGGUUGGCGGCGUCCUGGUCGAGCGCACCGUCAAGGAAGUCCUGCCGGCCGUUUCGACCAACAUGGACGGUAUUUCCAAGCUCAUUCAGACCCUCGCCCAGCAGUACAAGAAGAAGGAGGACGACAUGGUCGAGUUCCAGAAGAAGUGGAACAUUCAGGUCAAGAACUAA